AUGUAUUGGAUACUUAUAGAGGGGAAUAAAGUUAUAGUACUAAAUUUUAAAUUUCAGACUGAGUAUGGAGAUAAUAUUUUAUAAUUAAGGUACUAUUUUGCAGUGUUCAAGAGGAAAUCAAAGAAUUUUAUUGAAUUGUAAUUUUAAAAGUUGAAAGGAUAUAAUUCUAAAUAUUAAUUAAUGGCUAUGUAGCUUAAGUUGAUUAUACUUAUGGAUUAGGAUAGUUGUAAUUAUAUAGUUAUGAAAUUAAAUCAGGAAUUGGAUUGA